AUGGUGUUUCGUCCGCUCCCUUGGGAGUACGCAAUUCGCAAUCUCUUCCGUCGCCCGUUGCGCACGUCGCUCACCUUUGCGGGCCUGACGACGGUGAUUGUAUUGAUUCUGGUCGUCGUUGGAUUUGUGCGAGGGUUAGAACAUUCUCUGGCAAUUAGCGGCGAUGAAGAGACGGCCGUGGUUUUUUCGCUAGGGAUGGGUGAGAACUUCGAGUACUCGUCGAUCCCAAUGCGGACCAGCGACUUGGUGCCCGCGAGCGUGCCAGGCAUUCAACAGCGGUUCGGUCAAAAGUACGUUUCGCCCGAGCUGUACUUGGGGACUGAAGUCGUCGUGGGUGAGCGAGAACCAUCGAUGGGUCUUGUCCGCGGGGUAACCCGACCUGCGUUGCUGGUUCGCCAUCAAGUGGAAAUCGAAGAGGGCAUAUGGCCCGAAGCGGGCGAAGUGAUGAUUGGCCGCAUGGUGGCCACCAAACUCGGAGUGAUGGCCGGGGAGAUGCAGCCCGGCGAGACAAUCGACUUCGAGGGCCGUACCUGGAGGAUCAGUGGCAUCUUCUCGGCCGGUGGUUCGGCGUUCGAGUCCGAAGCUUGGUGCCGCCUCGACGAGUUGCAACAAGCCAUGAAACGGCAGGACCUCAGCAUCGUGGCGCUCACAUUGGGGCCCAGGGCCGACUUUGAAGACCUGAACCUGUUCUGCAAAGAACGGCUCGACCUCGAGCUGCAGGCCAUGCACGAAACAGAAUACUACGCCUCCCUUCAAAAAGAUUACGCUCCCGUGCGGUGGCUGGCAUGGCUGGUCGUGCUGCUUGUCGCCGGGGCAGGUGUGUUCGCAGGGCUGAACACCAUGUACGGCUCCGUCGUGGGACGCAUCUCAGAACUCUCAAUGUUGCAAACCCUGGGUUACGUCCGCAGAGCAGUGCUGGUCAGCUUGAUUCAAGAGGGCGUGUUAAUGUCGGCCGCGGCAAGUUUGCUCGCGGUGGCCAUUGCCUUGGUGUUCGUGAACGGGGCCGCAGUGAGGUUCACCAUGGGUGCCUUUACGUUACAUGUCGACAGCAUCGCGGUGCUGAUCGGUUGCGGGCUCAUGCUCGGAUGCUCGGAGCAGGGCACGCCCCCAACUGCCACGCAAACGCAAUCUUCGUCCGGUCCUUCAGCCGAAGGUGAACAGUUUCUGUUGGCCGCCGAACCGGCCGGCGUGAACGAUGUGAUCAAGGUUCGCAAAGAGGCUCAAGACGGCGAGGACGUGGUGAUCAUGGGUCGCAUCGGUGGAAGCGAGAACCCCUGGAUCGAUGGCCGCGCGGUGUUCUCAAUUGUCGAUUUGUCUCUCAAAGCAUGCAGUGACAUUCCCGGCGACACCUGCCCCGUGCCCUGGGACUAUUGCUGUGAAACCCCGCAACUUCCUGAAGCCACUGCGUUGGUAAAGGUUGUUGAUGACGGUGGCGAUAUCGUGAAGGCCGACGCCCGCGAACUGCUGGGCGUGAAGGAACUUUCGACGGUCGUCAUUAACGGUAAAGCUCAACGGGAUGACGCCGGAAAUCUCACUGUGUUGGCCAAAGGCCAACUGGCCAUCGACCGUGGCGACGUGGCAAACAAACGUCUUCGUCCACGGCGGCACGUACUUACCCGGUACGUGCUGCCGGCGGGGCUGUUGCUUGGGUUCCUAUCGCUGAUCGCAUGGGCAGCGUGGGAUCUGGUGUUCCCGCCGCGGCAGGUGACGGUGGUGCCGGUGCUAUCCACCACAGCAGAGGUUCGACAGGGGGGAACUCCGUUGUUCCAAGCCGCAGGUUGGAUCGAACCGCGCCCAACCCCGGUUCGUGCAGCUGCGCUCGCCCCCGGUGUGGUCGAAGAACUGCUGGUCGUGGAAGAUCAACCAGUCACCCGCGGUGAGGCCAUCGCCGAACUCAUCAAAGACGAUGCCCGGCUAAUUCUCGAACGCGCCGAAGCCGAUCUCGAACUUCGCCAGGCCGAACUCGACGAGGCCUCGGCGACCCUCACGGCAGCAGAGACGCGACUUGCGCACCCAGUUCAUCUUGAAGCUGCCCUUGGCGAAGCGGAAGCGGCGCUGGCGAAACUGAAGACUGAGCUAAAGAACUUACCCUUCGAACUCCGCCGCGCUGAGGCAGAAUUCGAAGCACUACAGAAGUCGGCCGAGAGCAAACAAGCCGCCAAGGGAGUGGUUGCCGGAAUCGCCAUCGACAUUGCCGUGAGCGAAGCCGAUGCGGCACGGGCACUCGUCGAGGAACUCACAGAUAGGGCUGAGUCACUCGAAACUGAACUGGCCGCACUGACCACUCGCCGCGAUGCUUUGAAGACCCAGUUGGAGUUGCUCGCCGAUGAACAAAAAGCCAAAGGUGAAGCGGAAGCCAGAGUCAAAGCAGCACGAGCACGGGUGGCGCAAGGAAAGGUUGCCCUCGCCGAAGCGAAGCUGCAACUCGAGCGAAUGACGAUUGUUUCGCCGAUCGACGGCCGCGUCUAUCGGCUCAUCGCCCAUCCCGGCACCCGAAUCGGCAGCGGGAUGACUCACAUGCAAGGGCACGACGGCAGCACGGUCGUUACUCUCUAUCGCCCCGAUAGGUUACAGGUUCGGGUCGACGUCCGCUUCGAGGACAUACCCCAGGUGAGUCUGAACCAACCGGUGGAGAUUGAUAACCCAAGCUUGCCUGGACCGGUCACUGGACACGUUCUGUUCAUUAGCUCCGAAGCCGACAUUCAGAAGAACACGCUUGAGGUAAAAGUCGCGAUUACUGAUCCGCCUCCUGUAUUCAAGCCGGAGAUGUUGGUCGAUGCGACCUUCUUAGCCCCAGAACAGCCUGGGCGAUCGACGGAACCUUCGCAAGAAGUGCGGCUAUUUGUGUUGCAGCAGCUCAUCCAACGCGAUGAUGGCGAUGCGUACGUUUGGGUGGCAGACCAAUCCACUGGAACGGCUAGGAAGACACCGAUCCAGACUGGGGCAGUUGGCUCCAACGGUUUGCAAGAAGUAACCGCCGGCCUGACCGCAGCGAACAAACUCUACCGGAGAUCAUCCAUAAUGGCCCUCAUCGAAAUCCGAGAUGUGACGAAGACGUUUCAUAAGGGCGAAGAGUCGAUCACACCCUUGGACGCGGUCUCGCUGGAUAUCGAGCAAGGCGAGUUCUCGUCGUUGAUGGGAGCCAGUGGCACGGGAAAGUCGACUCUCUUGAACCUCAUUGCAAGUAUCGAUCGCCCCGAUUCCGGCAGCAUUGUGGUCGAUGGCACCGAUAUUACGCAGCUCUCACGUACCAGGCUCGCCAACUGGCGGGCCGCCAACCUGGGCUACAUUUUCCAAACCCAUAACUUGGUGCCCGUGCUCACUGCGUAUGAGAACAUCGAAUUACCAUUGAUGCUGUUGCCGAUGUCGCGUAGUGAGCGACAAAAGCGAAUCGAGAUUGCCCUGGAAGCAGUCGACCUGCUCGAUCGCGCCGAUCAUUAUCCACGCCAAAUGUCCGGCGGACAAGAACAACGCGUCGGUAUCGCUAGGGCCAUCGUUUCGCACCCAAAAGUGGUCGUCGCCGACGAACCGACGGGCGAUCUCGACCCAGACACCUCCGAGCAGAUUCUUAGCCUGCUGCAACGGUUGAAUGAACAGCUCAAUGUCACACUGCUGAUGGUGACCCACGAUGUUGAGGCCGCACAAAUUGCCCAUAAGCAGUUUCGCCUCGACCGCGGAAAGCUCGUGCAAACCGGUGGCCCCAUGUCAGACUACGAUCGCCAGAUUCAGGAACUAUCGGGUGUUCGGGAAGUGGUCCCCGUGCAAGUGUUCACGAAUAACUGUCGGGCGAGCCUUGACGUGGUCGUGUUCUAUGGAGUUCCGCCCGAGAAGCUGCGUAUCGCCCGCGACUUCGACCUUUUGUCGGGGAAUUGGCAGGAGUUCGAAGAACACCAGGACGCUGCCGUAGUGGGCCGCGCCGUGGCGGCCCGCCGAGGAAUCAAACUCGGCGACAAGUUCUCCAUCGGCGACUUGAGCGUAAACGUCGCCGGGAUCUUCACCAGUAACGACCCUGCAGAGGAGAACUACAUCUAUUCGCACCUUGAGUUUCUGCAGCGGGGGAAAGGCAUGAACCUGGUGGGGACCGUCACGCAGAUGGAAAUACUUCUUGCUGAGGGAGUUGACCCUACGAAGAAGUGCGCGGAGGUCGACGAGCUAUUCCGCGGUGGUCCCGUGGAGACCGAUACGCGCCCCAAAGGCGUAUUUCAGGCGAAGAGCCUGGGCGAUCUUACGCAGUUAAUCGGCAUGGCUCAUUACCUGGGAUACGCCUGCGUAGGGUUGGUGCUGGCCCUGGUGGCGACGACCACGGUCAUGUCGGUCGAAGGUCUUUUCUCUCGUAAUGACCGAGAGCGUGCUGCUAAGUAUUGCCGGAGGAAUCAUGGGCGUCAGCGCGGCGAUGCUACUCCUGAAGCUGAGUAG